UGCGCUCGCGCACGGAAGUAUCGGGGCUUCGGAUACUAAUACAGUUCUAAUAAAAAGCUUACGCAUAUAGCGUUAUCAUUAUAAUAAAAUAGUUUUUGUAGUGCGAGGUUGUAUGGGUGCUGGUUGUGUGCCGCGCGUGCGGUUAUGGGUUUUUUAUAGCCAUAAUAUGACAUCGAUUUAGUGAUUUUAUGAAUAGGGUUGUUAGUUGUUAUUGAGACAUCAUUGGAUCCUCUUCAUUCAUACCGUGUGGUCGUGUUUCAUUCAAUAUUACUAUAAUAUGGUGAUUAAUUGAAACUGUGUUGUGUUUAUUUACUGACGCUCUAUCGGCAAAAUGUUUUUAAGAUUCGAGCCAACCAAAUCGACGAAAGGCGCGAGCAAGAUGCGUCGCGAUCUCAUCAACGCUGAGAUAUCCAACCUCCGCGAUCUGCUACCCCUACCACCGUCCACAAGACAAAGACUGUCACAACUGCAACUAAUGGCACUGGUCUGUGUGUACGUCAGGAAAAUGAAUUACUUCCAACAAGUGUUCAAGAGUCACGACUUUAGUUAUCAGUACCAAGAGCAACCUACUCCUACACCAAAUAUCGGAUUUUCAAAGGCAAUGAAUGGUUUUAUGAUGAUGAUGACACAGAACGGAAAACUGUUGUAUAUAUCAGAGAACGCUGCGGAAUAUUUAGGACAUUCUAUGGAGGAUCUUCUGAUUCAUGGCGAUAGCGUUUACGAUAUCAUUGACAGACAAGACCACCAGAUGGUUCAACUUGAAUUGAACAGAACUAGCAACAGUGAGACUGAAAAUGUACCAAAGAAUAGACAUUUCUUCUGCAGAAUGAACGUCUCAAGAAAUGCGAGACGCCAAAUGAGAUUUGGUGACCAAAAAGUAGUUUUAGUUCAAGGGCAUUAUGUGUCAUAUUUGCCGCUUUGUAGCCGCAAUGAGCCGGUGUUCCUAGCAUCAUGUACGCCUUUGGCUAUGCCUGAAACAAGGGAAUGUAUAGUUCAUGGAGCCACCAAUGUGUUCACUACCAUACAUUCGAUGGACAUGAAGAUAUUACACAUAGAUACCAACGGUGAAUGGUACUUAGGUUGGAAGAAAACUGAUCUGAUAGACGUGUCAUGGUAUCAAAUACUACAUUGGGAUAGUUUAAGAGAAGCUCAAACCAAACAUAGAUUAAUUACCCAAUCGGAGCAAGACAAAUGUUGCAUCCUCUUAGUAAAGCUACAGCAAAGAAGCGGUUCGUUCCUAUGGAUACAUAUGGUGCUGCAAGUCAAAGAGGCUGCGGAUGCUCCCAGGCAGUUCAUUGUAGCUACUAACCAAGUCUUAAGUGAAGAAGAAGCAUCUAUAAUGGUGUCCAAUUCAUGGUUAUAUCAAUAUUAUGGAUACCAGAACCAGAAUUGUGGGAUGCUCGACCCCAGAUGUCAAAAGUUCUUUAGAAGAGAACCAUAUUACCCUGAUCCCUAUCCAGAAUACCAAUAUGUAGAAAACGAGAUCGAUUACACUGGUUACCACAUAACGCCGUAUGUUUGUCAAAAAGCUGACGAUUAUGGCUGUGAGAGAAUAUACACUGAUAGAGGUCCAGUAGAUUAUUCCACACAUUCUCCACAAUCUACAAUAAGUGAAGAAAGAUCUCCUUUACAUUACGAAACAGGUGAUGUCGUUGUGAACAGUAACAUGUAUAUGUGCAGUAAGAGAGAAUAUUAUGACCAAUACGCGCAGGUUCAUUACACACAAGAAGCUUGUGGCAGUGGAAACAUUGAAGGAAUCGAAUACCCGGCCGCUAAAAGAAUGAGAUUAACGACGCCACUGAGCAUAGAGGGCACUGAUGGCAUGGAGAGAUGGAACCCCAGCCCGCCCUGGUCUGAUACACUCAAACUGACCGAUUACACACAGAGAUUUACAUAUAAUAUGCUACCGGCGCCUACGGAAAGAACUAUUGUCACUUAAUUUCAAUUAACUCACAUGUGUGUGUGUGAGUUACAUGCAUACACAUUUGGACAGUGUGAAAGUGUGAGUGCGUCAUAAUUAAAAGUGCUCAAUGACUAAUACCCUGUAAGAACUGUUUCUUGAAGUGCUAAAGCAUUGUGCAAUAAAAUAAUAAGUGCAAUUUAAUAACUGUAUAGUAAUAAUUUAAUAUAAGAUUAAACUGAAUACGCCUUAAAGUUUAUGUUAAAAUUAAAUUGAUACUGUAUAAUUUCUGAUCGUUAUUGAAAUAUCUUAUUUAAGAAUAAUUGUGAAUAUUUCAUGAAUAUAACGUUUAACAUAGUUUUAAAUAGGUUUUAAUGUCAUUUAGUUCAAGUGAUAUUUGAGGGUAUAUCAGUAUUUUAGAAUAAUAUAAUAAUAUUAUAAUAUUUUACUAUACGGUAUAAUAUAAAAAUAGCAAAUGGUUCCGUCCAAAUAUUUGUAUUGCUUUCCAAAGGAAUAAUUAUAUAGUUGAAAUAAUUUAAGAAUAAAUUUCUUUCAUUCUGUACAUAUAAAUACAAACUAUUUAAUGUAUAUGUUUUAGAAAAAGGUUACUUAUGAAAUAAAUACUUUAUUGAAA